AUGGAGGGGAAAGGUUUAGACGGCUUUCAUGAAGGCCAUUCUUGCGAACGUGUCGCCAUGACAAUUGGUCGUCAAAAGAGCGGAAUAGCUGGGUUGCCUUGGAUGGGAUCAUUAGAAAAAAUUCGGCGAAGCGAAGCUGCAAAGCUAGUCGUCUUGGCAAGGAGAAUCUCGAAACCAAAAAUCGGCCGAUCGGCUGACGACCUCUUGACUACCAAGUCAGACAUGCAUUUUCGAUGGGGCCAACCUGUUGUUAUAGUGCACCUGAUCCGUCAACCUGUGGCCAUGCUGUACCCGGACCAACAUAAUCUGCCUACCCUUCUAGUCAGCACAUUCAGAAAUGAUGAAAACGAAGCAAGAGAGCAAGAGAGAGGGCAUCUUCUUGGUGCUCUUCUUUGGCUGCCUGAACAGUUCCAUUAA